AUGCGCCGCAAAGCGACCAAGGAGGACAUGGCUAAGGCCAUCGAACAGAGGCGCAAACUGCUAUCUUCCACCGCGAGGCCUACCUCUCCCUCUCUAGCGCCGCAGACGAGCUCACCACCUGCGCCGCCGCCCGUGACGGACAACAACACCCACUCCGCCUCACCCUCCAUCAGCAAGAACAGCGCGCCCCGGGUCGCUCAGAUAGCAGACGCUCAAGCUCAUGUGCGCGCCGUCGGGCCUGCGUUGAUUGGCAGCAGCGGCUUACCCCGAUCCACUCGUGACUGGGAUGUGGUGACUGACAACGUCGAGCACGUCGUCUACUCUGACGAUGACAAGAUGAUGAAGUUUGGGUACACGUUCGUGACCACUCUGACCCACCCCGCGCACAUUCCUGACCGGUACAAGGAGGUCAGGCUUCCCCCAAACCAUCCGCCCAUUGCGGCAGGGAAGCUGACCGGGCGCCAACACGACUGGCUCGGCACGAGCCCGGCUGACCGUGGAGUCGAGCGGGUGAAGGAGAAGACCUGGGAGCAGAAGGUUGCCUAUGUCAAGGAGACCUCGGGUUCGCAGCUGAUGGGGCAGCUGAAGGAUGCGGAUGCCGACUUCGACAAACGGCCUCGUCUGCCAUAUGGUCGAGUUGACGAGUACCUGUUCCGCGAGGGGCAGGACCCGGAGAAGCGGCCUCUCUGGAAGCCGGGUCUGCCGGACACUCGCGCUCAGGCAGCCUGCGAUAAGCAUGCCAGGCAGAUGAAGGCGCCGAUGAGCCCUCAGCAGCAGGAGGUUGCCAGUGAUGAGCAGCAGCAGCAGCAGCAGGAGGAGGAGGUGGAGGAGGAGGAGGAGGAGGAGGAGGAGGAGGAAGAUGCCUCGUUCGACUGGAAAGACCAGGCCAGGCUCAAAAAGAUGGUAGACAUCAUGAAUCAAUCAGGCCCAGAAAAAUCGACAAGGGGCAAGGAUUGGGUCCAAAGGACUGAGUACUGGGAAGGCGUGUCUCUUGAUCAACCUGAAAGCCAGCACGAGCCGUCUAACGACGGACACGAUCUCAUUAGAGGCGAUAUGGCCCGGCUCCUGGGAAUUAUGGAGGGAAAACACAUGCGCCUCGAGAAGGAGGAGGCCGAGAAGUGGCGGCUCUGGGAUCUGGCCCAUCCAGAGACUCCCGAGGAAGUGGAGCUCAACAAGAAUGAGCCACCGCCGCCGCCGCCAGAGCCGCGGGAUCCUCCGCUGAAGCUGGACUUCGGCAUGCACCUGUCGACCGCAUUGGAGUGGAUAGCGAGGACCGCUGCGCCCGGGGAGGAGUACGAUCUUCCACGUCUCGGUCCCAGCAACCGAUUCCUUCGAGCAACGUUCGAGGGGCCCAACAGUACCGUUGGCGUGUACAACCGAGCCGAGAUGAUUUCUCGGGACACGGCUGUUCGGUACCCCGGAACGUCUCGUCACAAGGACGAAGACCUCAAUGUUGAUCUGGGGCCUGUGUUCGGCAGCAAGGUCCGCGUGACUCGAGAAGACCGGAUCGCCGCUGAGAAAGAGAUGGUUGCGUCUGGAAAGAAGCUCCCACCACCUAAUCCCAAAUCGCAAAGGGCGGUGAAGAGAACAGCCCAGGCUGCAGCUCUGGAUGCCGAAAGCGAGGAUGUUGUAUCUUCGGCAGCCGCUGAGGUGGCGGAACCGCCUCGCAAGAAAGCCAGACGAGGCGCUGCUGCUGGCUCUGACCAUGAUCUCGACGAUGGCGAAGGGGUUGCAGAGGCCUCGACCGCAGCCAGACCGGCGACACGACCGGUCGAGCGGCGGAGAACAAGAAGCGAGGCAUCACAGUCGACAGGCGUGGAUCGCAUCGCGGACGACGUCUCGUCUGGACCCGAAGAGCCAGACACGAGCAGGAAAGACUCGGCUCACAUCCUGAGCGACACAGACCAGAAGGCGGCGACCCCGAAGAAGAAGAAGGCGGCGCCAAUGAAGAAGGCAGGCGUUAAGAAGGCUGCCGCGAAGAAGGCUGCGCCGCAGAAAAGGGGCGAUGAGAAGUCUCUCGUAAUGGUGCUGGCGAGGGCGACGGGGCAGACACCACCGGGCAAUAAGCCUCGCUCACGGCUUGUUCUCAAGCACCCGGGCACGAAGCCACGACCAGGAGAGGCUCAGGAUGAGGGCAGGCCCGCCCGUGAAGUCGAGAACGGGCGGAGAGAGGAAGAUGGCAUGGACAAAGGCGGCGAGGAUGGAGGGCUGAGUGCAGCGCAGGAGGGAUUGGCUGAUGUGGUCUCCAAAUGGGACAAGGAGACCACGAUCGAGGAGGGCGAGUCCGAAAUGAAGGGAACCAAGAAGGAGGGAUCGAUGAAGGGGAAAGCCAAGAAGGAGGAAUCCGAUAAGGAGGGAUCCGGAGAGGAUUCGACCGAGACGGCCACUACCACCCCCUCUGGACGUCCGAAGCGGUCAACAAAGAUGCCGAAGAGGUACUGGAAGUCGGGAUGA